GCAGCGCUGAGAGGAAAUCUUCACCAACAGCUUGGAAAUGAAAAUCGUUAAAGCACUAGGAGUUUUGGUGAUUAUUACCAGUUUUUGUUCGCCAGCCAUAUGCUUGAAACCGCUUGGAGAAAUCGAAAUCUCUCCCUCAGAUCAUAUACAAGGAAGCACGAAAAGCGAGACGGUUGUGGAGCGCCGUUCCAGCAACUACAGCAGAACCGAGAUAGCUGAUCGGAAAAAAUUCGCACACGCAAGCGGCGGACGGGGCGGCGGCGGACACCCAGCGGUUGUUUCAGGUAGUGACGCUCAUGGCGAUGGAUCUCACCCUAAGGGAGCCGCUGGUUUUAUACCGCUGUACGCAGCUGGUGUUGCCGGAGCAACUAACCGCCACAACAACCACGGAAAGCACAACGGCGGCGCUCGCGGUUACAGCAGCGCCGGACUAACAAUUCUCGUCCUAAUUGCAUCGGUAUGCCUUCUGCUCCGAAACUGA